CACCGGGGAAGGGCGCAGGAUCGGCCCGACCCCGGCCUCCACCCGACCCCAGCCUCCACUCCGACCCCGGCCUCCGCUCCGACCCCGGCUCCACCCCGACCCCGGCCUCCACCCGACCCCCGGCCUCCACCCGACCCCGGCCCUCCACCCGACCCCGGGCGCCCCGACCCCGGCCUCCGCCCCGACCCCCGGCCUCCGCCCCGACCCCGGCCUCCACCCGACCCCGGGCGCCCCGACCCCCGGCCUCCGCCCCGACCCCGGCCUCCGCCCCGACCCCGGCCUCCACCCGACCCCGGCCUCCGCCCCGACCCCGGCCUCCACCCCGACCCCGGCCUCCGCCCCGACCCCGGCCUCCGCCCCGACCCCGGCCUCCACCCCGACCCCGGCCUCCGCCCACUCCGAGCGCCCCGACCCCAACUCGGGGCCUCGAUCGGCCGCGGGGGCCCAGCCUCGGCCCGGGAGCGCGGCCACGCCCCGAGGGCGCCGGCUCUGGCUGCGAGCCCGGGCGCCGCGGGGAGGGGGGCGCGCGCCGGCCGCCGUCCCCGUCCCCGCCCCGCCCCGGUGCCCGCCCCGCCCCGUCCCCGCCCCCGGUACCCGCCGCCCCCCGUCCCCGCCCCGCGCGCGGCGGGGACUCGGACCGCGGCCGGCGCGCGCCCAGUGCAGGAGCGCGGCGCGGCGCGGCGCGGAGCGGAGCGAGCGCAGCCGACGGCGGACGCGCCCGGCCCCGCGUCCCGCGAGCCGCCGGCCAUGGCCGCCCCGGGGGCGCCGCCGCCUGCUGGCGCUCGCGCUGUGCUGCGCCUGGGGGGCGCUGGCGGCGGUCGCGCCCAGGCCCGGCUCGGGCUGCCGCCGCUGCCUGUGCUUCCGCACGACGGUGCGCUGCAUGCAUCUGCUGCUGGAGGCCGUGCCGGCCGUGCCGCCGCAGACCUCCAUCCUGGACCUUCGGUUUAACAGAAUCAGAGAGAUCCAACCUGGGGCAUUCCGGCAGCUGCAGAAGCUGAAUACACUGCUUCUGAACAAUAAUCAGAUCAAGAGGAUACCCAGUGGGGCGUUUGAAGACUUGGAAAAUUUAAAAUAUCUCUAUUUGUACAAGAAUGAAAUCCAGUCAAUUGACAGGCAAGCGUUUAAGGGACUUACCUCUCUAGAGCAACUAUACCUACAUUUUAACCAGAUAGAAACUGUGGACCCAGAGUCAUUUCAGCGCUUACCGAAGCUGGAGAGGCUAUUUUUACAUAACAACCGGAUCACACAUCUUGUACAGGGGACCUUUAACCACCUGGAGUCCAUGAAACGGCUGCGGCUGGACUCGAAUGCACUUCACUGCGACUGUGAGAUCCUGUGGCUAGCCGAUCUGCUGAAGACCUACGCCCAGUCAGGGAGCACGCAGGCCGCGGCCACCUGCGAGUACCCGAGACGCAUCCAGGGGCGCUCCGUGGCCACCAUCACCCCCGAGGAGUUGAGCUGCGAGAGGCCCCGGAUAACGUCAGAGCCCCAGGAUGUGGAUGUCACCUCGGGGACCACUGCGUACUUCACCUGCAAGGCCGAGGGCAACCCCAAGCCCGAGAUCAUCUGGCUUCGCAACAACAAUGAGCUGAGCAUGGAGACAGACUCACGCCUAAACCUGCUGGAUGACGGGACCCUGAUGAUCGAGAAUGCGCAGGAGGCCGAUCAGGGCGUUUACCAGUGCAUGGCGAAGAACGUGGCCGGGGAGGCGAAGACGCAGCAGGUGACCCUCAGGUACUCUGGGUCUCCAGCCCGGCUGGCUUUUGUAAUCCAGCCUCAGAACACAGAGGUGCUGGUGGGCGAGAGUGUCACCCUGGAAUGUAGUGCUACCGGCCACCCUCAGCCACAGAUCACCUGGACCAGGGGUGACCGGUCCCCGUUGCCGGCCGACCCGCGGGUGAACAUCACCUCCUCCGGGGGCCUGUACAUACAGAAGGUCGUACAGGACGACAGUGGGGAGUACACCUGCUUUGCCUCCAACGGGGCUGAGAACAUCCACGCCACGGCCCUCAUCAUCGUGCAGGCGCUUCCUCAGUUUACUGUGACGCCAGGGAACAGGGUGGUGACGGAGGGUCAGACCGUUGACUUCCCGUGUGAGGCGAAGGGACAUCCCCAGCCUGUCAUCGCCUGGACCAAAGGCGGGAGCCCGCUCUCGGUGGACAGACGGCAUCUGGUGCUGUCCUCCGGCACGCUCAGGAUCUCCGGGGUCGCCCCCCACGACCAGGGCCAGUACGAGUGCCAGGCGGUCAACAUCAUCGGCUCUCAGAAGGUCGUGGCUCACCUGCUCGUGCAGCCCAGAGUCACCCCGGUGUUUGCCAGCAUUCCCAGGGACAUGACUGUCGAAGUGGGCAGCAAUGUCCAGCUCCCGUGCAGCUCCCAAGGGGAGCCUGAGCCGGUCAUUACCUGGAACAAGGAUGGGGUUCAGGUGACAGAGAGUGGGAAAUUUCACAUCAGCCCCGAAGGCUUCUUGACGAUCAAUGAUGUCGGCACGGCAGAUUCUGGUCGCUACGAGUGUGUGGCCCGGAACUCGAUCGGUUACGCCUCGGUCAGCAUGGUGCUGAGUGUGAGUGUUCCUGAUGUCAGUCGGAACGGCGACCCGUUUGUUGCUACCUCUAUUGUGGAAGCCAUCACGACCGUUGACCGAGCCAUAAACUCAACGCGGACGCACCUGUUUGACGGCCGUCCACGUUCUCCCAACGACCUUCUGGCCCUGUUCCGGUACCCCCGGGACCCCUACACUGUGGGACAGGCCCGGGCGGGAGAGAUAUUCGAGAGGACCCUGCAGCUUAUCCAGGAGCACGUGCAGCACGGCCUGAUGGUCGACCUAAACGGAACAAGUUACCACUACAAUGACCUGGUGUCACCGCCCUACCUGAGCCUCAUUGCCAAUCUGUCCGGCUGCACCGCGCACCGGCGCGUGAACAACUGCUCGGACAUGUGCUUCCACCAGAAGUACCGCACGCACGACGGCACGUGCAACAACCUGCAGCACCCGAUGUGGGGCGCCUCGCUGACCGCCUUCGAGCGCCUGCUGAAGGCCGUGUACGAGAACGGCUUCAACACGCCGCGCGGCGUCAACGCCGGACGCCGCUACCACGGGCACGCGCUGCCCAUGCCCCGCCUGGUGUCCACCACGCUGGUGGGCUCGGAGGACGUGACCCCCGACACGCAGUUCACGCACAUGCUCAUGCAGUGGGGCCAGUUCCUGGACCACGACCUGGACUCGACCGUGGUGGCCCUGAGCGAGGCGCGCUUCUCGGACGGGCAGCACUGCAGCGCCGUGUGCACCAACGACCCGCCCUGCUUCUCCAUCAUGAUCCCUCCGCACGACCCGCGCGUGCGCGCCGGGGCCCGCUGCAUGUUCUUCGUGCGCUCCAGCCCGGUGUGUGGCAGCGGCAUGACCUCCCUGCUCAUGAACUCCGUGUACCCCCGGGAGCAGAUCAACCAGCUCACCUCCUACAUUGACGCCUCCAACGUGUACGGCAGUUCGGACCACGAGGCCCGCAGCGUCCGUGACCUGGCCAGCCAGCGGGGCCUGCUGCGGCAGGGCAUCGUGCAGAGGUCCGGGAAGCCGCUGCUGCCCUUCGCCACGGGGCCACCCACCGAGUGCAUGCGGGACGAGAACGAGAGCCCCAUCCCCUGCUUCCUGGCCGGCGACCACCGCGCCAACGAGCAGCUGGGCCUGACCAGCAUGCACACGCUGUGGUUCCGGGAGCACAACCGCAUCGCCGCCCGGCUGCUGGCGCUGAACCCGCACUGGGACGGCGACACCAUUUACCACGAGGCCCGGAAGAUCGUGGGCGCGGAAAUGCAGCACAUCACCUACCAGCACUGGCUGCCGAAGGUGCUGGGCGCCGUGGGCAUGAAGAUGCUCGGGGCGUACCGGGGCUACGACCCUGGAGUCAACGCCGGCAUCGUCAACGCCUUCGCCACCGCGGCCUUCCGGUUCGGCCACACGCUGAUCAACCCCGUGCUCUACCGGCUGGACGCCAGCUUCCAGCCCAUCCCGCAGGGCCACGUGCCCCUGCACAAGGCCUUCUUCUCCCCGUUCCGGAUCGUGAACGAGGGCGGCAUCGACCCGCUCCUCAGGGGGCUGUUCGGGGUGCCCGGGAAGAUGCGGGUGCCCACGCAGCUGCUGAACACGGAGCUCACGGAGCGGCUCUUCUCCAUGGCGCGGACAGUGGCCCUGGACCUGGCCGCCAUGAACAUCCAGCGGGGCCGCGAUCACGGCAUCCCGCCCUAUCAUGACUACCGGGUCUACUGCAACCUGUCGGCUGCCCACACCUUCGAGGACCUGAAAAAUGAGAUCAAGAACCCUGAGAUUCGGGAGAAGCUGAAAAGGCUCUAUGGCUCACCACUCAACAUCGAUCUGUUCCCAGCCCUCAUGGUGGAGGAUGUGGUUCCCGGCAGCCUCCUGGGGCCCACCCUUCUGUGCCUGCUCAGCACACAGUUCCGGCGUCUGCGGGAUGGGGACAGGCUGUGGUACGAAAACCCGGGGGUGUUCUCCCCCGCCCAGCUGACGCAGAUCAGGCAGACGUCACUGGCCAGAAUCCUGUGCGACAACUCGGACAACAUCACCCACGUGCAGGCGGACGUGUUUCGGGUGGCGGAGUUCCCACAUGGCUACGGCAGCUGCAAGGACGUUCCCCGCGUGGACCUCCGGCUGUGGCAGGACUGCUGUGAAGACUGCAGGACCAGGGGACAGUUCAACGCAUUCUCGUACCACUUCCGGAGCAAGCGGUCUCUGGAUUUCAGCUACCAGGAGGAUGAGCCUACCAAAAGAGCGAGACCGCAGAAGGAGCUGAGUGCAAAGCACGGUGCACCCAGCAAUGCCACGACAGCUUCCUCCGAGCUCUCAGAAGGAACAGCGACAAAUGACUUCAAGGAAUUUGUCCAGGAGAUGCAGAGGACCAUCACAGACCUCAGAAGACAGAUCAACACGCUGGAGUCUCGCCUCAGCACCGCGCAGUGUGUGGACGCCGACGGCAAGUCCCACGCCAACCACGCAACGUGGAGAAGAGACGCGUGCAGCACCUGUGAAUGCAGAGAUGGGCAGGUCACCUGCUUCGUGGAAGCCUGCCAGCCUGCGCCCUGUCCUGAGCCCACGCGGGUGGACGGAGCUUGCUGCCCAGUCUGCGUAGAGGAACCUCAGGAGAAUACCCCGAGGGCCUCCUAGGCAGAGCCCCUUGAGCUGGUCUGCAGCGUCCUCCAGAGAUCAGAGCCGGGGUACUGGAGCUGCGGACCCCGGGGAAAACCCGGACCCCGGACACUCUGGACUGCCGCCCUGCUGUUCCCUGCGGCACGGGCUGCUUUGGACCCCACAUCGCAGAAGGAAGCAGCAGACAGGCAGGGGUGCAGAUGUCCGUCUUCACUGCAUGUUAGACUUCUCAGGAUUUUAUUUAAUUCUUUUAGAAUGAAAAAUUGGUGCUAUUGUAAAAUUGCACAGUUCGGUCAUUUGGGUUCCUAAAUUGAUUCUGCCUAAAAACGCUGUUUUUUGCUAAGUAAGGCAGCAUACCUCUGACGUCCUCUCUGCCUGGUUCUGAGACCUAGAGCUUCCAACAGGCGAGGCCUGAGAUCUGGCUGACAUCGAGGGAGCCCUUGCCUGGCAAAGGGACAGUCUUAAGCGCACAUUAAGCCAUCAUCUCUGCAGGACCCCUGAGGCCCGCCGCAUCCUGCCUGCCCUGCCUUCCACUGGGGCCCUAGCCUCUCAUUGACCUGUGACCCCGCCGCAGGCCUGUGACAGCGGCUGUAACCUCUCAGCUUGCCGGCAUCUACUCUUGACCCUGCCGCCAGGCCUGUGACAGCGGCUGUUGGAACUGUGUUUGGAGAAGGGCUUAGUUCCCGUCGCUGCGUGUGCACACGGCCUUGCUGUGGACGGUACUCUCUGGUCCACAUGGCAUCCAAAGACCUCACAGAGACCACAGGCAUUGGCAGGCAGGAUGGUCCCCAGAAGGACUAGACCCCUUUUCCAGAUCCUUCUGAUGGGUGACGGGUAGGUGGGCCAGACUUGAAUGUGGGGAAGUCUGAGUUACGUUGUUUAAAAAAACAAAAAAUCCAAAGUCCUAUACCUCACGGGUGCUUUUCAGUGCACGAUGUUUAUAAAAUCGCCCACUUUUUAGGUGUUAGAUGUGGUACAAAAUCAAAAUUCUAUGCAAAAAGAAGUUUAAUUCAGCGAUGAGCAACAUCAUACCUCAUGGUCUCUUUUUAACUGGCCAGAACUUUCCAUUGUAUUCUCCGCACGGAGUGGCCUCUGAUGGGAGGACCAUCCCUGAAGUCGAUCUCUGCUCGGUGCCCUUGUGGGGUGGGGCAGGCCGCACGGCCCUGCCCAGGGGUCGGCACACCUGGUGGCGGAAGUGCCAGGGGGUCAUGCCCACGAGCACACCGGCGUGCGUGGCGUGUGCACCACCCGUGCCCGAGGGGAGGUGGAAGGAGGCGCUGUGGACAGCGGCCGCGGCCUGCUCCGGCACCUUCACCACAGACGCACGCGUUGCCUUGCAAGGGUGGUCCUCUAGUGUUGCCCUUCUCUUGUAAGGACAGACGGAGGCUGUUUUGUGUUUCUGCAAUAGAAAGCCAGGUUUCUUGGUGGGGAUUCUGUGAGGGGCCUGUGAGUUUGUCUAAGACGUGGUAGUGAUGUAACUGCUCAGGUGUGGGAGCGGGCGCGGGGCUUGCCGUGGGCGCGGGGCUUGCCGUGGGCGCAGCCCGCCUCCUGUUGUGUCCUGGGGCAGGCGGGUGGGGGCGGAGCUCAGGCUUUAGACCAGUGGAGGUAGGCUGACUGAUUCAUAUGAAAUUCUGUAACUCAAGCCAAAACGUCUGCAGAAUGACCAGUCGGAUCUUCUGUCUUCAUGACCCCAGACGGCGGGCGGCUCCGGGGUGCACUCCGCAGCACCGUGGGCUGUGAGAGGUGAAGGCCGUGUAUAUAUUUACUUUCUAACUGUGGCCAUUGGCCCAAUGCUGGUGUUAUGUUCAUUGUAUUCAGUAAGUACCAAAGACCUGUUUGCACUUUGUAACGACACCUUUCAGUUCAAAUAAAAGGGCCACAUUUCAA